AUGCCAUAUUUCACAUCCAGCGAAGAGUGGCAGCGCCAAUCCGCUCUGCUCUUGCAAGCCCGCCCAACCACCACCUCUACUUCCUCCAAAGAGAUCCUCACUAACCUCCUCUGCAGANCCCGCAUAACAACAAAAUACCACAUCCCCAGCGCCUCCUCCAUCUCUCCAAAACCCACAAUAGAUGCUUCCACUCCCUCAGAACCCAAACAACCCAUCGCCGUCCUCGAGCUAAAAACCUACGACCCGGUCUCUGGCACAACGCUAAAAUACAAGACCGACAAGGCUGCAGAGGUGGGUAGAUUGGUUGCCGCAAUGGGAACGUUGGGAAGGGAGAUGGCUGCAUUGCCAGAGUUGAAGCAAGAUGUUAGCAUGGUGGAUGCGCCAGCGGUUGAGGGAACAGAGACGCCGGUGGAAGCUGUUGCUGCUGCACCGCAAGCANCAGCAAAAUACAGCGGCUAA